CAGGAUUGCUACAUGUGAAAGAAAACUUGUCAUGCAAAUGGCUAACUACUUUCUUGUUGCAAUUUUGUUGGAGCACUGUCUAAUGGCCUGCUUAGCCAUGGCGACAACCAAUAUUACAACUGAUCAAUUUUCUCUUCUCAGGUUCAAAACCCACAUAAAUUUAGAUCCUUCACACAUUUUAUCGAAAAAUUGGUCUGUUUCUACUUCUGUUUGUGACUGGAUUGGAGUUACUUGUGGUUUUCGUCACCAAAGAGUGACUGCCUUGGAUAUUUCUAAUAUGAAUCUUACUGGAAAGAUACCUUCCCAAUUGGGAAAUCUAUCCUUCCUUGUUUCUAUCAACUUAACGAGAAACUAUUUUCAUGGUAGUAGUCCUCAAGAUUUGAAUAAGCUCCGACGGUUGAAAAUCAUGGACUUCAGGUUCAACAAAUUCAGUGGCAAAAUUCCUUCAUGGUUUCAUUUCUUACCUAAAUUACAAGUUUUGGAUCUUAGAGAAAACAAUUUUACAGGCUUCAUCCCACCUUCUCUCUCCAACAUAUCUACUCUCGACACAUUGGAUCUCUCUUUUAAUCCUCUAAAAGGGAAUAUUCCGGAAGAUAUUGGAAAUCUUCAUAGCUUGAGAAUACUUGGGUUGCAAUAUAAUAGACUCACUGGAGUAAUACCAUUGCAGAUUUUUAACAUAUCGACAAUGGAAAUUUUUUCUUUUACAGGGAAUAGUUUAACUGGUAAUCUCCCUCUUCACAUAUGCCAUGGCUUCCCAAGACUCCGAGGGCUUCAUCUAUCUAAAAAUGAAUUCGUUGGUGAAAUUCCAUCCAAUCUAUCGGAAUGUUUACAACUUCAGGUCCUUUCUUUGUCUUUCAACAAAUUUAGUGGAUCCAUUCCUGGAGAAAUUGGGAGAAUAAGGACGCUUCAGGGCUUAGCACUUGGUUCAAAUGAUCUUUCUGGUACAAUUCCACGUGAGUUGGGUAAUUUGGAUAACCUCAAGUUGUUGAGCAUGGGAUCUAAUUUUCUUAAUGGCUCUAUACCAACCAGUAUCUUCAACAUUUCAUCAUUGCAAUAUAUUGCGAUUCAACGUUGCAGCCUAUCUGGCAACCUUGAUCCAAAUUCUAUAGCAAAUUCUUCUAAAGUUACUACGAUAAUCCUGGAUCACAACAACUUUAAUGGACCAAUUCCAAACUUCCUUGGGAACCUGUGCUUCAUUGAAAUUUUAGACUUGUCAGACAACAAUUUCAUUAGUGAAUAUCCAGAAUUCAGCUUCAUCACUUCAUUGACCAACUGUAGAUAUUUAACAUUGUUGGAUAUUGGCAACAAUCCUUUGAAUGGCAUUCUUCCAUUAUCAAUUGGAAAUUUGUCCACUUCUCUACAAUAUCUUGAUGGACAUAAUUGUGAUCUCAAAGGUAGCAUUCCUUAUGAAAUUGGCAAUCUCACCAGUUUGAUCAGAUUAACUCUGUUUGGCAAUGAGUUGACGGGAUCAAUUCCAGCAAGUGUGGUGAAUUUGCAAAAGCUUCAAGGAUUAUCUCUUACACACAAUAAAAUAAGUGGAUCUAUCCCAAACUCUCUCUGUGAGCUUCAAAAUUUAUGUGAACUGGUUUUAUCCCAAAAUCUAAUAACAGGUGCUAUUCCAGGGUGCAUAGGGAAUAUUACUGCACUAAGAUCUCUAUAUAUUGAUACCAACAGAUUGACAUCCAUCAUACCUACAAGCCUGUGGCUCCAAAAAGAUCUUCUGGAGUUGAAUCUAUCUACAAAUACUUUGAGUGGCUCUCUACCUGAAGAAAUUGGGAACCUGAAGGUUGCAUGUCUUAUCGAUCUAUCAGCCAAUCGAUUCUUUGGUAGUAUCCCGAGUGCAAUUGGAGAUUUACUGACCUUGAGUAAUCUUUCCUUAGCACAUAACACACUGCAAGGAUCUAUUCCGGAGUCAAUGGGUAAGAUACUGAACUUGGAGCAACUCGAUCUAUCUCACAACAAUCUUUCUGGUAAUAUCCCCAAGUCCUUGGAGUCACUUAAGUAUCUCACAUACUUGGACAUUUCUUUCAAUGAUUUAAGGGGUGAAGUUCCUUCUGGUGGUCCUUUCAAAUACUUUUCAAGUAAAUCCUUCAUGUCUAAUGAAGGAUUAUGUGGUAAUCCUAUAUAUGGUCUCCCAUCAUGUCGUACUAGUAGACAAAAGAGAAGAAAAACGAUGCUUGCAGUUGUAUUUUCUUUGUUUGGGAUUACAGUACUAAUUUUAAUUGUCACGGCCUCAGCGUAUGCAAUUGAACGAUACCGAAGGAAACAUUUGGUGGAAAAUGGAGUAGACUCUGCACCUGGCACAAAUCUAAGGGUCUCAUAUUAUGAACUUUUGCAAGCAACUGAAGGGUAUAGUGAGAGCCAUUUGCUUGGGACUGGGAGUUUGGGCUCUGUCUAUAAAGGGACUCUCAAUAAUGGAAGGGAUGUGGCAGUGAAGGUUUUCAAUUUGCAACAACAAAAUGCAUUCAAGAGUUUUGAUGUAGAAUGUGAAGUAUUACGCAACCUUCGCCAUAGGAAUUUGUGCAAAGUCAUUAGUACUUGCUCCAAUCCAGAUUUCAAGGCCUUGGUGCUUGAGCACAUGUCUAAUGGAAGCCUUGAGAAGUGGUUGUAUUCAGACGACUACGUUUUGGAUAUCGUGCAGAGAAUUAACAUAUUGAUAGAUGUAGCAUAUGCAUUGGAAUAUCUGCACUAUGGCUACUCAUUGCCUAUUGUUCACUGUGACUUGAAGCCAAGUAAUGUUCUGCUGGAUGAAGAUUUUGUUGCCCACUUGAGUGAUUUUGGAAUUGCUAAGUUAUUGGGUGAAGGAGAAAGCAAUGCAUACACUACAACCCUGGGAACAUUGGGUUACAUUGCACCAGAGUAUGGAAUGGAAGGAUUGGUGUCAAUAAAAUGUGAUAUUUAUAGCUACGGUAUUAUGUUAAUGGAAGUAUUUACACGAAUGAAACCAAGCGAUGAAAAGUUUUCUGGAGAUUUCAUCCUAAGGAGCUGGAUCAAUGAUUCUAUGCCCGAUGCAAUAACUCAAAUUAUAGAUUCGAACUUGUUAGGACCAGGAGAACUCAAUACAAAAAAGUUGAAAUGUUUGUCAUCUGUAAUGGAACUUGCUUUAAAUUGUACCAUGGAGAGUGCCAGUGAGAGGAUGAACAUAAAAGAAGUUGUUGUAGCAUUGAAGAAUUUCAGAUUUCAGCUACUCACCUAACAGCAGUUUUAAAUUUAAUUGCUUAGUGCAAUGUGUUCUCUAUGUAUUGUAUGAUAAUUUGGUGAUUCUGUGGAGAUUAUAUAUUUUUUUGUAAAGUUAUAUAAUCAUGAAAUCAAUGAAAUUUAGUUCGAAUUUUCUUAGUU